UGCAUACGACCAACGACGUCUCUAUUCCCGCAAACGGACUCCCACUUGCUGCUACGCUUUCUACACUCAGCGCCCGCAAAAGCCACCACGCAAUCUCGCAUAUCUACGGCAGUGCCCCAACCAAGUCACCUCUUGACGACCUCUCCGGCGUUUCUCGAUCAACCUGCACUUCUGCCUCGAACCCCGCCAAAACUUCCGCGACUUGCUUGCAGCUCGUUUAGCUUCAUCUGGUCUGAUUGUAAACCUGACAACCAGCUCGACCCUAGAAACCAACUCUUAAUUCAUCCGAAUCACGACCGGACGGGCCACGGGCCAAGCAGACGUGGGCAGCGUUUUUGA